CUGAUUAUGUAGGAAGAGAAUUAAAUAGAUGAAGAAGAAGAAAUAAGAGAUUAAAAGGAAGUUCAUGAAUUUGCAAGAGAAAUUAAGGAAAAAGUAGAGGAAACUAAUAAAAUUAACAAAGAAUAAUAAGAUUAAUUAAAAGUGAAUAUGAAUUAAACAAUGGGUCCAAUAAUAGUAAAAUUUGAUGUUUUUUUGAUAGAAUGAGGAAAGU